UGCUUCGUUUCGAUCUUGAAUCGUGGGUGGGGUCUCGAAUGAACGGUCGGUCGAGCUGCUGUCGAUGUCCUCUUGAUGUUCGGUUGCGCCUGCGUUUUCGUCGUCGAGCUUUCGUACGUUAGCUGGGAAGAUAUGAAGACGGCUUUCUCUGACACCACAUGCUCGUUUGCUUAUGCAUUGUAGCAUGUCGUAGAAUCUACCGUAUUAGAAAAAUACAACCCCCAGCUCCUGCCGGAUUUUUAAGAUCGGCUCGAGCUGAUCUCGGUGAAUCGUGGAUUUUCCUUUUCUUGCAGAUCAGUCAUGGGAGACGCCGGCGGAGGAACGAUGAGGAGGAGGAGGGCGUGCUCGUGCUCGAAGGGCGACUUCCUCCCGGAAGAAUCCUUCAGGAGCUGGGGGAACUACUGGGGCGCCCUCAGGGAGACCCCUGCACGGCUCCGGGACCGGGUCCUCAGCCGGUCCCUGGAGACGACGGAGCUCCAUGAGGUGAAGGCCCAGAGCGGGCACGAGAUGAAGCGGACGCUGACGUGGUGGGACCUCAUGUGGUUCGGGAUCGGGGCGGUCAUCGGCGCCGGCAUCUUCGUGCUCACGGGGCAAGAGACGAAAGAGGGGGCCGGCCCCGCCGUCGUGCUCUCCUACGUGGUCUCGGGCGUAUCGGCCAUGCUCUCCGUCUUCUGCUACACGGAGUUCGCCGUGGAAAUACCAGUGGCAGGAGGGUCAUUUGCCUACUUAAGAGUGGAGCUUGGGGACUUCGUGGCCUUCAUCGCGGCAGGUAACAUCCUGCUCGAGUACGUGAUCGGUGGCGCCGCCGUCGCACGCUCCUGGACGUCCUACUUCGCCACCCUCCUCAACCAUGACCCCAGUGACUUUGUCAUCACGGUCCACAGCCUGGCCAAAGACUACAACGAACUCGACCCCAUCGCAGUUGGCGUCUGUUGCAUCAUCUGCGCCUUUGCGGUCCUCAGCACCAAGGGCUCGUCCCGCCUGAACUACAUCGCCUCCAUCGUGCACAUCCUGGUGAUCAUCUUCAUCAUCGUCGCCGGCCUCACGAAGGCCAACACACAAAAUUACACCCCGUUCGCACCAUUUGGCGCCCGUGGCGUUUUCAAGGCCUCAGCCGUGCUGUUCUUUGCGUAUGUCGGCUUCGACGCCGUGUCCACGAUGGCAGAGGAGACUAAGAACCCCGCGCGGGACAUCCCGAUCGGUCUGGUAGGGUCCAUGGUUGUUGUUACCGUUGCGUAUUGCGUGAUGGUCAUCACACUGUGCCUGAUGCAGCCGUACGACCAGAUCGAUGUAGAUGCUCCGUUCUCGCUUGCCUUCAAGGCGGUUGGGAUGGACUGGGCCAAGUACGUCGUCGCCUUCGGGGCGCUCAAGGGCAUGACCACGGUGCUGCUCGUUGGGGCCGUCGGGCAGGCCCGGUACCUCACCCACAUUGCCAGGACGCACAUGAUGCCCCCCUGGUUUGCCAAAGUCAACGAGAAGACCGGGACGCCCGUGAACGCGACGGUGACGAUGCUUGCGGCAACUGCGGUCAUCGCCUUCUUCACGAAGCUCAACAUCCUGUCCAACCUCCUCUCCAUCUCCACACUGUUCAUCUUCAUGCUCGUGGCGGUUGCCCUCCUAGUGCGCCGGUACUAUGUCAGCGGGGUCACAAAGCCUGCCGACCGCAACAAGCUCAUCAUCUGCAUCUCGCUCAUAGUCGGGUCUUCAAUCGCAACCGCCGCUUACUGGGGCCUCAGCGAGCAUGGCUGGAUCGGGUAUGUGAUCACGGUACCAAUCUGGUUCCUGGCGACCGUGGCACUGAGAGUAUUUGUCCCACACGCCCGGGACCCAAAGCUAUGGGGCGUCCCGCUGGUCCCCUGGCUGCCAUCGGCCUCGAUUGCCAUCAACAUAUUCCUGCUCGGGUCGAUAGACCGGGCAUCAUUCGAGCGGUUCGGGCUGUGGACUGCGCUCUUGCUGUUGUACUACUUCUUCUUCGGGCUGCAUGCUUCCUAUGACACAGCCAAGGAGAGUGCAGAGACCAGGGGAAAGGCUGGCGUAAAGUGGAAGAACGUUGAGGAAGGGCAUGUGAGCUCCACAACACAUGCAGGUCCUGGCAGCGAAGCUCCUGCCAUUCCUAGUACUUAAAAACACAGUGCCUUUGUAAACUGCUGUCAAUUGUAGAAACCUGCUGUUUUAGUGUGUUCGGUGACUUGUGAUCCAAAAAGUGGUUGUUCAUUAGCAGACAUUGUUCUGAAGACUCCCACAUUCUCUCAAGAUUAGUUAUUUCUCCGGUUGAUCAUCAUGAAUGGCGGGAAUAUCUCAGAUGCUGAACGACGUAUACAGAACUUAUGCGAC